AUGUUGAAUUGCCAAUUAUCAAAAAUAAAAAACUUAAAAGAACUGAAGUGUUUGAUUCCUGGACAUUAUUAGCAAGUAAAGAACAUAGUCUGUCUUGACAAAGAUUGUGAAAAUAAAGGAUUAAUUUGCAUUUAUUGUUUGUAGAAUUUGCACUGUAAUCAUAAGUUUAUGGGGAUAGAAUAGUACAUCAAUGAAAUCAUGAAAUUCCGUCAAUAAGAAUAUCAAUAUUCCCACCAUAUAGAAUGUUUGAGAAAAUAGUUAAAUAAAAGGUAUUAAUCUCUCUAGCUCAAGAUAACAGAUUUAGCUUCCAAUUUAGAAAUUUUAACUCAUUAAAUAAAACAAAAAUAUGAAAAAGACUUAGAUAACAUUUAUAAUAUGAGUGAAAUUCUUAGGCAAUAGCAAGAAGAUUUUAUUACUAUGCAAGAUAAUGAAGAUGCUCUCUCUUGUGAAACUCUUACAAAAUUUAUUGAUAUAUCCUUUAAGUUUAUAAAUUAUACAUACGAUGAUAAUGAACUAAUUAAAAUUAACAACUAUUAAAAAGGAUUAAGCGAAUUAGAUAUAUAUGAAAAUAGGUUGGACUCAAUUGAAUAAACUAUUUCUGAAAGCUUAAAGGAAGUUUAAAUGCAUUAAAGUUAUUUGUUAUAAGAAGAUUUAAAAAAAAUAGAGAAUUUAGAUAUCUCUCCUUCUACCUACCAUAAGAAAAUACAAUAAGCUCAUAUACAUAUCAUAUCAAGCAUGGUGCUCAUAAAUCAUAAUUAUUUAUAUACAGCUUCGCAUGAUGGAUAUAUAAAAAUGUGGAACACUUAAAAUUUAUCAUGUAUGAAAGUGCUUAAGUCUUCUUAUUCUAAAAUAUGGUUAGCUUUAGUAUAUUUAUAAGGUUUAAAUUGCCUUCUUGGGCUAACUAACGAUAAUACUUUGAAUUUGAUAAAUCCAACAACUCUGAAAGUAACAAAAAGAAUUUAGAUACCUUCUUCAUAUUCUAGUUGUCCUCUUAUAGUUUAGGUACCAGGCUGCAACAAUUAAGUUGCUGUAGCAUCAGGAAGCAAAGUAUUUAUUAUAGAUUUAAUUACUUCAUCAGUAGUUCAUGCAACAGAUACAAAUGGAUAUUAUGUUUAUUCUUUUGAUAUUUGGACAGAUGGUAAUUACAAAUAUAUUAUUUAUGGAGAUAAAGCUGGAAAACUAUACUCAAAUGAAAUAAAAACUAAGACAGAAAUGCCUCCAAUAGAUAAAGCCCAUGAAGAAAAAGUUGUUGAUGUAAAAGUCCUAAAAGAUUCAAAUUAUGUUAUAACAGCAUCAACAGAUAAAAGAAUCAAAGUUUGGAAGAUGCCAGUUAUGUAGUAUGUUGGCACUUGGGAAGUGAAAGGUUUUGUGGAUGCAAUAGUUUCAAUAUAAAAUAUGCUAGUAGUAAAAUAAAGAGAUGUUGAUAAAUUAUUUUUAAUUUAUAAAGACUAAAAGGGUUCAUGUAAACUUAGACCUUUUGUAAGUAUAAAUACAGAUACUGUAGGAGUUUUUUAAAUAAAUGAAUUAAAUAGAUCUGUAGUUAGCUCUAUAUUUGUUAAUGGUUUAGAGAAUUUGCCUUACAGCGAUAUAGUCAUUGAUUUCUAUUGA